CAUGCUAAGAUGAGGGAAGCGUUUGAAUGCGUGUGGCUAUUGUAAAUAGCUACACACACACAAAGGGUACUCCGGCGUCACCAUUAGACUUAACACGACAUCUCCUUCGCGUGGUUUACUCGUUGGCUACUGACACACGCGUAGUUUUCUUCCCAGCUCCAUUGACGGGUGAGUUUUUCGCCAUGUUAACGUCUGUUCCCACUAGGUUGUUUGCACGAAGGUCGCGAAGCUUGUCGCCGUGCAAGCGCGUCCUCCAGACUAGUUCGGCCGCCCCUGCGUGUCAGGUCAUAAUAAGCGAGCCACCGGCGGAUAAUAACCGCAACCCCAUACUGUCCACCUCCCGGGUGUCAAGACGGGGGAUUUUGGCAGAUGACACCGCUGCUAACAACGUGAGCCAGUCGGUGCAGUAUCAUCACCUCGCCCCUAGAUGGCUGUCCAGUCUGGAGAACCGCCGCAGCUCAUGGGCCGCGCUGGCCAGCAGAGGGCGCAACAACAACAUGUACUGGGAAGAUGGUGGUCAGAGAGCUGGAGGUGACGGCGGGGGUACCGGUGGAUCCGCCAGCCCGCUGAGAAUGGCCUCGGCCGGCCUGCUAUCUGCUGCUGCUGCGGCCUUCUGCCUGAAGAAAGACUCUGAUGACAAAGGUGAUGCCCUUUUGGAGGCAGCAAGGACCAAUAACGCCCAAGAUGUGGCCAGACUCUUGCAGGAAGGGGUGGACCCAAAUCACCGACACCGUCUUGGUUGGACCCCUCUAAUGGUGGCUGCCAUUAACCGUCAGCACAGUGUGGUAAAGGUUCUGCUUGAAGCUGGUGCUGACCCAAAUGCUGGCGAUCACUUCAACAAUGUUUAUGACACCUCAAGGGAGAUAGGCAUCCACUCACUGGAAGUCCUGGUGUCCAGAGAGGAUGAGUUCAGCAGCAGGCUCAGCAGCAGGGCUGGUUUCCGCGGCUGUUCAGCACUUCACUACGCCACCUUGGCUGAUGACCCGUGCACCGUCCGCAUGCUGCUGGAGUUUGGUGCCAACCCUCUACAGGCCAAUGGUUUGGGACACACUACACGAGCCUACGCGAAAGACGGAGAAGUGAGCACACUUCUGCAGGAGUGGGAAGGCAAGUUUCAGGAGGCGCAGGCUCGGCGGGAGGCGGAGGAGAGGAGGAGGUUCCCCCUGGAGAGGAGGCUGAAGGAGCACAUCAUCGGACAGGAAGGGGCCAUCAAUACUGUGGCCUCAGCCAUCAGAAGGAAGGAGAACGGUUGGUACGAUGAAGAGCACCCGCUCGUGUUCCUCUUCCUAGGCUCCUCAGGAAUUGGAAAGACAGAGCUGGCCAAACAGGUGGCACGUUACAUGCACAAGGAUGUCAAAAAGGGGUUCAUCCGAAUGGAUAUGUCUGAGUUUCAGGAAAAACAUGAGGUAGCGAAGUUCAUUGGCUCACCACCAGGAUACGUUGGACACGAGGAAGGGGGUCAGCUGACCAAGCUGCUGAGGGCGUGUCCUAACGCCGUCGUCCUGUUUGACGAAGUGGAUAAGGCUCACCCUGACGUCCUCACCAUCAUGCUGCAGCUCUUUGACGAGGGUCGUCUUACAGACGGCAAGGGGAAGACCAUCGAGUGUAAGGACGCCAUCUUCAUCAUGACGUCUAACGUUGCGAGUGAUGAAAUUGCCCAGCAUGGGCUACAGCUACGGCAGGAAGCAGAGGAGGUCACCCGCAGGAAGCUGGCUGAUAAUCUCGAGGAUGUACAGAAAAGUGAUGACAUCAGAAUUUCCAGACAGUUUAAGGAGUCUGUCAUUCGACCAAUCCUGAAGGCACAUUUCCGGAGGGACGAGUUUCUGGGUCGGAUCAAUGAAAUUGUCUACUUCCUGCCGUUCUGUCACUCCGAGCUGCUCCAGCUGGUCAGCAAGGAGCUGAGCUUCUGGGCUAAGAAGGCCAAGCAGCGCCAUGACAUCACCCUUCAGUGGGACCGGCCCGUCCUGGAUCUAUUGGCGGGCGGCUACAACCUGCAUUACGGCGCACGCUCCAUUAAGCAUGAGGUGGAGCGGCGUGUGGUCAACCAGCUGGCCGCGGCCUACGAGCAGGAGCUGCUGCCCAAAGGCUGCACGCUGCGCCUCUCCGUCCAGUCGGAGGGCCACGAGGAGCGGGGCGCGCCCAGCCUGCGCCUGGAGGUGGUCGGGGACGACAGCUCGGCCAGGACGCUGAACAUCCGCCCUCCGCUCAGCCCGGAACACUAACGGUCGGGAAUGUCUUUUAACAAUAAAAGUACCUCACGUCACUGCCUCUCUAGUUUCACUACACGUGUACAGUGAUACUGUGACUUACAAGUUCCACAACUUGGGAGUUUUUGUUCGUUUUUUUUUGUUUCCCUCGUGUUGCGAGCCAAAACUUGAGCACAAGCGAGCUUCGGAUAUGCCACGCCGGCGUCGCAAUAUUGCAAAUGUGACAACCGGUCGCUAUUGUGUUUCCACACACUCGGCGUGCGCAAGAUUCGGCCUGAUGCCUCGCCAUACCAAUACAGUAUAUACGGCAUAUUGUGUUUUACAGUACUAAACUUUCUUUAUAAUUUCAUACAUACUUUUGGCCAGAAAGCAAAGCCUGGAGAGAGUCUUUGUCACCGCAAUGCACGGGUGCAGUCAAUUAAUGGGCUGAUCGAUCAUUGCUUCUUCCUUGACAAUAGCACCUGUUUUUUGUGGUUCAAUAGAAAAAAAUAAUACAGUAUAUUGUAUGUGUAGCCUUAAAACCCAAUACAGGGUCCCGGUUUUUCCGGCGCAUUGUGUCGGUAGAUGUGCGGUGCUCAAUCACUCGAUGUACGGGGGUGAGUCGCCGACUGACAUUUUUUCGGGGCGGUCCACCGCAGUCUCGUUCGAGCGUGUCGCUCGGUGUGCGGCGGGCCUGAGGUACGGCGGUGCCCUCACACGUGGGCAAGGAGAGCCACACAGUCACCGAUGCACUUUGAGCCGUUUAUCGAACGCAACCAACCAGACUCGUGCUUCUGAGUCUAGGCCACGCCUCUUAAGGGCUUACAUCCAACACAAAUACUACAGUACGUACAGUAAUUACACUUUAUUCAACCAGCUGGUUUCUAUAUGGUUUCUUUUGUUUUAUCAGGUUUUCAUACAAUACAGUGCUAGUUUUCUUUAUUAAAAACACUUGGAGCGGGAACUGAUGAAUGGCAUUUCAAUUCAUUUCAAUGGGGAAAAUGGAUUACAACAAAUUUGAGUUGCGAGCUUAGUCACGGAAAACAAACUUGUGAGUCAAGGUACCGCUGUACUAGCAAAAAGAGUAAGACCCUCACCGCGUCGUAGAGCAGAGUUGUACAAGUGGUGAAGUACAUAUUCAUUCAUUGCCAACAUCUCAUUAACGUGAAGCAUCAGAUAGCACACUGCUGUUAGACCACAGUGAUGAUUAAAAUGUUUAUAAAAUAUUGACAAGAUUCUAUUUCUCACAAAUGUGGGUCUGUUUGGGGGCAUAGCUGAGGUUGUCGAAGCCUUUUAAAUAAUAAGAACAAUAACUGAAGGAUGGCUGUUAUUUCAAUGUGAUGACGAGUGAUCUACUGUGAAGGAUUGUUUUCAAACCCAAAGCUGGUUUGCCUGCCUGUCGUUCACGUCCACGACCAUCCAAUCCAACGGAAAUCACGUCAAUCAAUCCGCUUGGAUUAUUAUGUUAUAAAAUGUGAAUUGCUCCUUAUUAUGCAUGCUAAUCGUGAAUCGUUAUGUCGACGCUGGAUUAGAAUAUUCACUCAAAUGGAUGGAUCGGGACUGUUUGAACAAGCAUGAUGUGACGUUUGUCACGUUGGUGUGUGCGCCAACCUCCACAAUGGAAAUAAAAGUCAGUGCAACAAAAAGUAAAUUCCGCCUGUUUUUGUAGUGUGUGUGUGUGUCUUGAUUGACGCCUCUUGAUGGAUGCGUGUGCGUGCGGGUGGGUGGGAGUCGUACGACAAUGACGCUUGUCCACCUUGUGAGAUGACGUGACAGGAGAAUUUCUUUGGAAUUUGGGUGUGUAGAGAACGUCGCACACACCCUGCAGGAAUGUCUUCUUCUCCAUAGGGAAGAAUUAGCGUCCAAGGGGGAGGGGGGGGGCAUUCAUUCCCCUAACCCCCCAAAAACACAACACUGUGAGAUCUGUUGUCAUCUAUUUCAGGUUGCACUUGUUUGUUAGUUUUCUGCACUUUUGACUCAUGAUCACUCUGGAACUUCAACGUGUGUAUUUAUUACACAAUUCAGACUCAUUUCAUGUAACUUCUUCA